AUGACCAGGGAGCUGGCUAUGCCCAACCAAUCUGCCUUCUCCCGGGGGGACCUCUUCCAGACCUACGGGGGCUACAAUGAGUCGACCUUCAGCAACCUCUCCCUCGACCUCCUUAGGAACUUGAUCAACUCGGUCCGCAACGGCACUGACUUGCAGAACCUCACCGGCCAAGCACUGCUGAUCGUGGCUUACUCGGUAACCAUCACCAUUUCCCUCUUUGGCAACCUCCUGGUGUGCCAAGUUGUGGUGAAAAGCAAGAGGGUCAACACCGCCACCAGCCUCUUCAUUGCCAACUUAGCAAUUGCAGACCUCAUGAUUACCCUCCUCAACAGCCCCUUCACCCUGGUUCGCUUUGUGAACAGCACCUGGAUCUUCGGAAGGGCCAUGUGUCACAUCAGUCGCUUCGCCCAGUACUGCUCACUACACGUCUCCGCACUCACCCUGACAGCCAUCGCCCUCGACAGGUACCAGGCCAUCAUGUACCCUCUAAGACCUCGGAUGUCAGUGCCUAGAGGAAUCAUCUGCAUCAUGAGCAUUUGGAUCCUGGCUUCCUGCUUCUCUCUGCCGCACGCCAUCUAUCAAAAAUUAUUCUGCUUUGUGUACGGGGAAACAACAGUCCGAAGACUUUGUGUCCCUGCCUUUCCACAGCCAUCUGAUGUGUUCUGGAAGUACUUAGAUCUGGCUACUUUUAGUCUCCUUUAUGCUUUGCCAUUGCUGGUGAUCACCAUUGUCUACACUGCGGUGGCCAAGAAGCUCUGGCUGAGGAAUGCCAUUGGGGACAUCACCAUGGAGCAAUACAUCGCCCAGCGCCACAAGAGGAAGAAGACAAUCAAGAUGAUGAUGCUGGUGGUGGUGGUCUUUGCCGUUUGCUGGUCUCCCCUCAACUGCUACGUGGUCCUCAUCUCUAGCCAGCUGAUUGAGAGCAGCAAUGCCCUCUAUUUCACCUUACAUUGGCUGGCCACAAGCAGCACCUGCUACAACCCCUUCAUUUACUGCUGGAUGAACGACAAGUUUCGCACUGAGCUCAAGACCCUCCUCGGCAGAUGCUGGAGACCGAAGAGCUCAGAGGGCAAGAUGGUGCCCCCUGUCUCCAACAGGGCCAUUAGGAGGGCCUGGCUGGAGGACCAGAGCAGUUACAACCCUUGCCUACCUAUGGCAGCUAAGAAAUCUAAAUUGCCUGGGCUGGAAGGCGUAGUUGCAAAUGCAUCGAACCCUCGCAACCCCUGAUGACCACAGGCAAAUUCCGAAAAACACAUACAUCGGUGACUCCCAGGAAUAAGGGCCCGGACUCUGGUUCAUCCACCUCAAACCACCAGAUGAUUUAUAAAACAAACAUCCACACAAAAUUUGAAUGCCACGCCCUUAUCCGUGGCUUAGUCCAAGACCAGAUCCGAAGCACAGCCUUGAUGUUUGACCAAUGCACUUUCUUUCAACUCUGGCCACCAACCUCACUCCAUCAGAAUCUUUGUUGUACUUAUUGAUACUUUGUUGAUCGUAAUUUGAGAGUUCCUCCCAUACUUACCCUAAGAUGCAACUAAGCCCAUCCUACACGAUCUACUCAUGCACCAUUGCUGUGCUGAAAUCGAGACUCCUAUGGAUAGGUCACAUGGGCUGAAUCAUACUUUAGACCAUGGAUUGUGUCAAUUGGAAUGAACAGCAGAGGAGUGAGAAUAAUUAUAUAUGAAUAUAUGAAUUAGGAGCAGGAGUAGGCCACUCAGCCCCUCGAGCCUGCUCUGCUAUUCAAUAAGAUAAUGGCUGACCUGAUUUAUAACCUCAAACUCACAUCCCUGCCUAUCCCCCGAUAACCUUUCGCCUCCUUGUUAAUCAAGAAUCUAUCUAGCUCUGCCUUAAAAAUAUCCGAAGACUCUGCUUGCACCACCUUUUCAAGAAGAGAGUUCCAAGUGCUCAUGACCCUCUGGGAGAAGAAAUUUCUCCUCAUCUCUGCCUUAAAUGGGCGACCCCUUAUUUUUCAGCAGUGACCCCUAAUCCUAGAUUCACCUACAAGAGGAAACACCCUCUCCACAUCUACCCUGUCAAGACCCCUCAGGAUCUUAAAGGUUUCAAUCGAGUCGCCUCUUACUCUUCUAAACUCCAGCAUAACCUGUCCAACCUUUCCUCUCAAGACAACCCUGGUAUGAACCUAGUAAACCAUCUUGGAACUGCUUCUAAUGCAUUUACAUCCUUCCUUAAAUAAGGUAACCAAUACUAUACACAGUACUCCAGAUGUGGUCUCACCAGUGCCCUGUACAACUGAAGCAUAACCUCCCUCCUUUUGCAAUCGAUUCUCUUGUAAUAAAUGAUAACAUUCUAUCAUCUUUAUAAUGACUUCACCGUAACUUUGGAAAUGUGCUGGAAAUCUGAAUUAUUAGCAGAAAAUGCUGGGAGCACUCAGCAG